AUUGAUAAAGCACCAGGGAAGCUCUGUAGGCACUGCAUCGCCACCGCUUGAUACAACUCCGACGACAGAUUCCGGCGCCGAACGACCCCAACCCUAAUCGCGGGCAAGAAAGAAGCCAGAAUGGCGUCAGUGACUUUGCCGUCUUCUUCGCAAGCGUCGUUGUUUCUGUCUUCCAAUUCUUCUUCUCUCUUCGACCUCUCCCCGCGCGGCCGCAUAAAUUUGGGCUUCAACGCUUCUCGUUCGCGAAUCUUCCCUGCAAACUGCGUUAAAUGUGACACGCCUGAAUCGUUGGGUGUUGGAAGUGGGAAGCCGACCAUUCCAAUCAUUAAUGAAAGGACGCUGCCAAAGUUCUUGGAAUCAGCUGGAAUGGUGGAAAACGUUAACAGGAAUGGCACCAAGCUGAAACUGUUCUCUGGCACAGCAAAUUCUGCACUUUCUAAGGAAAUUGCCAGUUACAUGGGCCUAGAACUGGGAAAGAUCAACAUAAAGCGAUUUGCUGAUGGUGAAAUUUAUGUUCAGCUGCAAGAAAGUGUUAGAGGAUGUGAUGUUUAUUUAGUGCAGCCCACUUCCCCUCCAGCAAAUGAGAAUCUCAUGGAGCUUCUCAUAAUGAUAGAUGCUUGUCAGAGAGCAUCAGCCAAAAACAUCACUGCAGUGAUUCCAUACUUUGGAUAUGCCAGAGCUGACAGAAAGACCCAAGGGCGUGAGUCCAUUGCAGCCAAACUUGUUGCAAAUCUUAUCACAGAAGCAGGUGCCAACCGUGUUCUGGCUUGUGAUAUACAUUCUGGGCAGUCCAUGGGUUACUUUGAUAUUCCAGUGGACCAUGUUUAUUGUCAGGGUGUUAUUCUAGAUUAUCUUGCCAGCAAGGGGAUUCAUUCUAAUGACUUGGUAGUUGUUUCACCUGAUGUUGGUGGAGUUGCUAGAGCACGUGCCUUCGCAAAAAAAUUAUCAGAUGCACCUUUAGCCAUUGUGGAUAAAAGGCGUCAAGGACACAAUGUUGCUGAGGUGAUGAACCUUAUUGGUGAUGUAAAAGGGAAAGUAGCUGUCAUGGUGGAUGACAUGAUUGACACUGCUGGGACAAUUGCAAAAGGAGCAGCACUGUUACACCAAGAAGGGGCGAAGGAAGUCUAUGCAUGCUGCACUCAUGCUGUUUUUAGCCCUCCUGCAAUUGAGAGGUUAUCAGGUGGCCUUUUUCAAGAAGUGAUCAUUACAAACACAUUACCAGUAUCAGAGAAGAACUAUUUCCCACAGCUGACAGUUCUUUCAGUAGCAAACCUUCUUGGUGAAACCAUAUGGCGUGGGCAAGCCCGUCUGGAUGACAAUGGGGAAGGGAGAGGUCGAAACAAGAGUGAGAUCUAUGAAUCCUUUCUCAAAUCAAAGCUUUUUACAAUGAGAUCAAUUGUUUUCAUAUAUUCAACAAACAAACCCCAAGGACUCCAUCUUACUCUCAUGGAGGUGAGGAUGAAUGGGACUCUUGUUAUGGCAUCAAGAUUUUCCAACAUCAAAGGAACUAUUGUUGUCGAUGAGUUUGGCAAUUUUCCCAGUUUGAAUGGAAUUUGGAUAAGCAAGGAUGGGAGAAUCUACAAAAAAUAUAUAUAUAUAUUUUAUUAAGUAGACCAACUGUGUGUGGUUAAGGAUGUGAGAUUAUGGGGUAAAUGUAUCAUUAACCUUUCUGAUAUUAUCAUAAAGCAUUGUGCAUGGU